CCAGGCUGCCGCUCAGCGCGUUUAGGAACUCCGUCGUACCUGCUGGGGAAUUCACCUUGUCAUUUGCCCGGGGUUUCUUCCACCCGUUACGAAACCCGCAAAGUUGUGUGCUCUAACACCAAAGAGGAGCUUUGACUUUCUGGGGGUGAUUCCGACACACUGAAGUGCAAAGAAGAGACACUUACAGAGCAGUAAAAUAUGACUAAAAGCAAUGGAGAAGAGCCCAAGAUCGGGGGACGGAUGGAGAGGUUGCAGCGAGGAGUUCGUAAACGCACACUCUUGGCCAAGAAGAAAGUGCAGAACAUCACAAAGGAGGAUGUUAAAAAUUACCUGUUUCGGAACGCCUUUGUGCUGCUGACUGUCACUGCUGUCAUUGUGGGUACAAUCCUUGGAUUUACUCUCCGACCAUACAAGAUGAGCUACCGGGAAGUCAAGUACUUCUCUUUUCCUGGGGAACUCCUCAUGAGGAUGUUACAGAUGCUGGUAUUGCCUCUUAUCAUCUCCAGUCUUGUCACAGGAAUGGCGGCCCUAGAUAGUAAGGCAUCAGGGAAGAUGGGAAUGCGAGCUGUAGUCUAUUACAUGACUACGACCAUCAUUGCUGUGGUGAUUGGCAUAAUCAUUGUUAUCAUCAUCCAUCCUGGGAAGGGCACAAAGGAAAACAUGCACAGAGAAGGCAAAAUUGUACAAGUGACAGCUGCAGACGCCUUCCUGGACUUGAUCAGGAACAUGUUCCCUCCAAAUCUGGUGGAAGCCUGCUUUAAACAGUUUAAAACCAACUAUGAGAAGAGAAGCUUUAAAGUGCCUAUCCAGUCCAAUGAAACGCUCGUGGGUGCUGUGAUAAACAACGUGUCAGAGGCCAUGGAGACGCUCACACGAAUCAAAGAGGAGCUGGUCCCAGUUCCAGGAUCUGUGAAUGGAGUCAACGCCCUGGGGCUGGUUGUCUUCUCCAUGUGCUUUGGUUUUGUGAUUGGAAGCAUGAAGGAGCAGGGGCAAGCCCUGAAAGACUUCUUUGAUUCUCUUAAUGAAGCCAUCAUGAGACUGGUAGCAGUGAUAAUGUGGUACGCCCCUCUUGGCAUCCUCUUCCUGAUUGCAGGGAAAAUUGUAGAGAUGGAAGACAUGGGAGUGAUCGGGGGGCAGCUUGCCAUGUACACAGUGACAGUCAUCGUCGGCUUACUCAUUCACGCAGUCAUUGUCCUGCCCCUUCUCUACUUCUUGGUAACACGUAAAAACCCUUGGGUUUUUAUCGGAGGCUUGCUACAAGCACUCAUCACAGCUCUGGGAACCUCCUCAAGUUCUGCCACCCUACCCAUCACCUUCAAGUGCCUGGAGGAGAACAUUGGUGUGGACAAACGCGUCACCAGAUUCGUGCUCCCUGUGGGGGCCACCAUUAACAUGGAUGGCACUGCCCUCUAUGAGGCCUUGGCUGCCAUUUUCAUCGCCCAAGUGAACAACUUCGAACUGAACUUUGGACAGAUUAUUACAAUCAGCAUCACAGCCACAGCUGCCAGUAUUGGGGCUGCUGGGAUUCCUCAGGCAGGCCUGGUCACCAUGGUCAUCGUGCUGACAUCUGUGGGGCUGCCGACCGACGACAUCACGCUCAUCAUUGCUGUGGACUGGUUCCUGGACCGCCUCCGUACUACCACCAACGUGCUCGGUGACUCCCUUGGAGCUGGAAUUGUUGAGCACUUAUCACGACAUGAACUGAAGAACCGAGAUGUCGAAAUGGGUAACUCAGUGAUUGAAGAGAAUGAAAUGAAGAAAUCGUAUCAGCUGAUUGCCCAAGAAAGUGAAAAUGAGAAGCCUUUGGACAGUGAAACCAAGAUGUAGGCUAACAUAAAGAAAUGCUUUCUUGAGCACCGGGUGUUUGAAAACCAUUAUAAUGCUUCCAUCCCAUUACAACUCAUUUUCUACAGUAAGCCCCUUGCCUCACUUUCCCUUAUUCUGAACAGUAUUGGAAGUAUUACUUCAAAAAGAAGGGAGAAUUUUGCAGCAGCCAAAUUGUAUGGCUUUUAUCCCACACUUCAAAAUCUUAAAUCAUUUCGUGUUAGUCUUACCUAAUAAGAUACUCGAGAUCAAAAAUAUUCUUGAUCAGAUCUUACAAGCUGACGUGGCACACAGUCCUGUAAAUGUGAUGUUUUUUAUACGCUAAAGAGUCAAACAAAAAGUAGGCCAUAAACAUAUUUCUGAAGCAAGCUUCAAAAUUUAAAAAUCCUUUAGGACACAAUUCAGUUUUAGUCUUAAAACAUAACGUGAUAAACUACAAUCAGUGAUCAGUUGGACGUAGAAGGGAUUUUUUUUUUUUUCCUUUCUCUUCUGACUUGUGUCCUUAUUAUAUAAGUAGCAGGACAAUAUACAUGCACACCUACCACAGCAUGAGAAGAGGCAUAAAGUGAAAUUUCUGUGUGGCCUUCAGUAAGUCACUUCUCAUCUCUAGGACCUACGUCUGUAAAAUGGAUGAGUUCCCUUGAUGCCUUGAUGGUCUCUUUUAGCCUGAACACCCUGUGACAUCAUGAAAAGCCACCCUUCAUUUUCCCUCCGGACAGCCAGGACCAAGUAUCAUUCCUCGGAACAUGCAGGAAGGACAUUUAGUAGAGAGUGAACAUUUCUAAUUAGGGGUGAGAGGUCUAUGUGGUUCACCAGGUCCCGUGUCCAAAAUGUCAGUUACGCAAGCCAGCAGGCAGGAGGCCAUUCCGGGAGUGGAAUUAUUCAUGAAACUCUCUGCCCAGUUCUUCCGAACUGGGGAAGUAUGCCCUUCUUUCCAACUCUUCCUAAACUGAAGGGACUGCUCUGGGAAGGAGGUCUCCCACCACUUCUCAACUGACAAUAGACUUUUAGAAAAGAAAAUGUAAGACUAGCAACUAGCAGGGUGCUCAUGGUCUUACCAUGGAACACUAAAGAGCCAGCUAGGAAAAAAUGGAGCAUGGUUGAUAUUAUAAAGAGAGGAUCUUAGAACACCAAUAUUCUAGGUCUUUAGGAAAGAAUUAAAAAGUUAUUUUCUUUUUUUUAACCUGGAAUACUUUUUCUCUUCAGUUCAAAAUCAUUCCCUAAGGAAGUGUGUGUAUCAAAACAUGAGGUCAUUUCUUAUAUAUUUUAACGGAGUUGAAUGAGUGCUUUCACAGGGGUCCAUGAGCUGGUUGGGUGGUCCCUUAUUUGGAAAUGUUUUUUACUUUCAUCGAAAGUUCGUAAGAUGAGAGAAACAAGGUAUUUCUUUGUGUUGGAUUUCCACUUACCAAAUGAUUCAAAACCUUCAGCUGGAGUGGGUUGUUUUGUUGUGUUUCAUUUGUGUCCCUGAGCGAAAUGGUAGAAGAUGAAUUGGUAUGAAGGCAUUGUCAAUGAGCUUGCAAGUAAAAACAACAGCAGGGGCAUUAAUUUCAGGCAAGGCAGCUCCCAGGUUUAGAGGAGAUUAAUUUUUACCCCCUAAGGAAUAAAAAAAAAAAAAAAAAAUUUUUUUUUUUUUUAAGGAAUAUCCAGUCAAAGGGGUCAAGUGGGAGCUGUUAGACAACACCAGCUGUAUUUGAAUAUCUGACCGAAAAAUGGUGAAGAAUGGGCUUAAUUAUGCUAACAGACUGAAAAUCUAGAUAUUCUUCCUCUGAUAUACAAUUAGAGAUGUUUCUAUAUAGAUCCCAAGCAUUUUGUGUGUAUACACGUUAACAUUAGGCAGUGGUGGAGUAACCAUUUAACGUUGAGGCUCUAUUUGGGGAAUGCACUACAAAAGUUAACGUAUGUGACUGUCAUUUUAUGACACCAGUAGAGCAAAAUUAAUCAUGGCAAAUUAAUUCUGUUACACAGCGUGAUCCUUUUUUAUACUAACCAUUUCUUAAGGAACCAGGUCCUCUAGGUAUGAUCCUCUCACCAGCCCACCACAGGCUCUGCAUGUACACGCACCCAGUGUGGACUGA